AUGCCUAAGCGUUGCUGUGUACCAGGCUGCAAGGGAAAUUACGAGGUAGAAUUGAGAUCGACACCCUACAGGUCAGUGUUUCGAUUUCCAAAAAAUGAGGAGUUGAAAACUCAGCCUCAGACUUCAGCUCAGUCACAAGCUUCGGCUCAAAAUGUUUCUUUAUCAUCCGUGUUGAAGGAAAUCUACGAGGAAGUGCUCAGCUUCCGGCUCCAGCUCAGGUUCAAAGAUAAACUCAGCUACAAGCAUCAGCUCAACCUCAAACUUCAGCUCAGUCACAAGCUUCGGCUCAACGUUAAGCUUUGGUUCACCUUCAAGAUUCGGCUCGGCUUCAAGCCUCAGCUCAGAUUCAGCACGGCCUCAGCUUCAAGUUCGACUUCAAGAUCAGCUUUAAGCUCAGUUUCAAAUUCAGCUCCAGACUCAGUUUUAAGCUCCAGAUUAGCUCCGGCUCAAAAUGUUUCUUUAUCAUCCGUUUUGAAGGAAAUCUACGAGGAAAUGCUCAGCUUCCGGCUCCAGCUCAGCUCCAAAAAUAAACUCAGCUACAAGCUUCAGCUCAGCCUCAAACUUCAGCUCAGUCACAAGCUUCGGCUCAACGAUGCGGCUCGGCUUCAAGCCGCAGCUCAGAUUCAGCACGGCCUCUGCUUCAAGUUUGAAUUCAAGAUCAGCUUGAAGCUCAGUUUCGAGUUCAGCUCCAGACUUAGUUUUAAGUUAAAGGUGAGCUUCGGCUCAACGUCAGGUUCCAGCUCAGCUCAAAAAAUCGGCUCAACUUCAGGCUUCAGCUCGUUUUCAAGACUCAGCACCCAUUCAAUCAUCUGUACAGCUUCAGCUCAGCCUCAAACUUCAGUUCCUUCCCAAGCUUUGGCUCAACUUCAACCGUCUACUCAGCUUCAAGAGCCGUCUCAGCUUCUAGCUUCAGUUCAGCUUCAGCUGAGUCUCUGA